CAAACAAACACAUUAGAAAAUCAGCAACUUCUCUGUUCAGAAACAGUGUCUUGCUUACUCAGGACAAUUCACAGUUAGAUCAUUUAAAAGAAAGCAUGCAGCUAUUUGUAUCUGGGUUUUAUAACAGUUAUAUUCUUUAAAAAUCUAUUUCCUCAUUAAGUUACAACUACAUCUACCAACUGAUCUGCAUCAUGCUGUGUCUCUAGUGCACUUCACAGGUAGUUAAAUAUUCAAGCCUGCCCACUAUGACCUGCUACAUGAUUAUACUAGAUAUUUAAUUUUUAGUCAUUUUAAAUUGAAUGCCAAGAUGUGAGCUGUUUUUUUUAUAUAUAUUUCUGUCAUCAUGUGAAUGUUGUCGAGAGACAAACUUCACAUUAUAGGUUGAAGUGAACAUGUGAUCAUGUUUCCUUAAUAGGACACGCAGUAUGACUUCUGGUUGGCCAAUCAAAUGCAGUCUUGUCUCUGAAGAGUGAAGAAAAGAUCAUAGCUCUUUUCAUUUCACACGACAAGUUGAACACGAUGACAUCUCCAGUGUUUGCUCUCUAUCUCACAUGUCUGUUUUUGGGGAAAACAGCUCAGACAACUGCUCUGAAAUUCUCCUCUUCUGUUCGUCAAGACAGUAGUUUUAUAUCAGCUAAUGUUGGUGACAGCGUAUCUCUGAGAUGUUCCUAUGAAGGUGAUGUUGCAGCAAAGCUUUACUGGUAUAAACAAACUCUGGGACAGAAACCAAAGAUCAUCUCCAUCCUCUACGACUACAAAAGUAAUGGCACUUUUUAUAAUGAAUUCAGCAACAAUCCUCGCUUCACACUGGAUACUGAAAACAGUAAAAAUGAUUUGAAGAUCACAGAUUUGCACAUUUCAGACUCAGCUACUUACUACUGUGUUAGUAGCUAUUUAUACACGUUAGAAUUUUCAGAGAACAUUAUUGUCAGUGUAAAGGGUUCAGGUAACAUCCAAGCUUUGGUCCAUCAGUCGGCAUCUGGGAGCAUCCAGCCAGGAGGCUCUGUGACUCUGAACUGUACAGUACACACUGGGAUCUGUGAUGAUGGAAAUCACAGUGUUUACUGGUUUAAAAACUCUGAAGAAUCUCAACCAGGAAUCAUUUACACACAUGGAGGCAGCAAUGAUCAGUGUGAGAGGAACAACAACACACAAACAUACACCUGUGUCCACAACUUGCCAAUGAAGAGUCUGGAUCUUUCUCAUGCUGGGACCUACUACUGUGCUGUCGCCUCAUGUGGACAGAUACUGUUUGGAAACGGGACCAAGCUGGACGUUGGCUACUCUGCUGUCUUGGUGUAUUUCUUGAGUGGAGCUUUGGUGUUCACCACCAUCCUCAGUGUUUUACUGGCUUUCUCAGUGUACAAGAUGAAGAGAAUCAGCUUACAAUCUGCAGAGUCUCAAGCAACAUUUUCAGCUUCCUCCACAACAAAUGGCGAGAGUUACCAACACACAGACAACCUGCAUUAUGCUGCUUUAAGUGUGAACCUGCCCAACAGAUCAAGAAGAGCGAGGAACAACACCAAGAAUGAAUGUGUGUACUCCAGUGUAAAGCAGUAGAAUUA